AUGUCUAUAAAAUAUCGAAUCUUUACUGUAUCAUUGAAAUUAAAAUUUCAAAAUAUCAGUGCGAGAUGUUACUCUUCAAAGAAAAACACGAUUAUCGAAUCCGCAGAGGAGGAACCUAUUUUUAUACAUGAAAGAAAUACCGUUGAGUUAGAAAAAAAGAGAAAUAAGUCGAGGCUAACGAAAGCUCAUAGAAAUAUAUUAUUGGGACAAAAACCGUAUGACGAAUCACAAGAGUGGUAUCACGAUACUGUCAGGUACAAGACACGAAUAUUAGGGAGGUACGGAAUGGAAGCUUUAGGAGUCCCUGCAGGAUUGGUUUGGCCUACUCCUGAAGAAGUAGAGGACAUGAAGGAAUAUGAAAGUCUUGCACAUCCAUUAAACAUUCAAGAAAGAUUGCGAGAGAUUAAAGAAAAGAAGAAAAUGAAAGAAGAGGCGAUAUUAGCUAGGCAAGCUGAAAUAGACAAGAAAAUGGCAACUAUGCAAGAAUUGAUAAAUAAAGUACAUGCAAAAAUAGCCAAAAAACAGGAAGCAGAAUUAGAAGCUAAGAAGAAAAAGGAACAUAGAAUUGAGGAGAUCAGGCGUCAACUGAUAGCCGAAGGAACCAUGUCUAAAGACAAACUAGCAGAGGCAAUGAGUAAGGUGGAGAAAGAUGAAAAGAAAUUGAAGAAGACUCUUAAGAAAGCGAAGAUGUUGGAGAAACAACAUGAAUACGCGGAGAAAUUGCUUAAAGAAGAAGCUCAGAGUAACAAAGAGGAGGGAGACGAUGCAGCAGACACUGAAAAAAGAUAA